CUGAACCCCCCCAAAUUUUCGAGGUUCGAUUUUCUCAGAAGAGCUCCCGAGGCUGAGGAAUCCUCGUCCUUCAGCCCGACACAAAUCUUUGAGGAUGGAACCACCGAGGAGAAGGGAGAGAACGCCCGUCUCUCCGCCUUCGUAGGCGCCAUCGCCGUUGGUGAUCUUGUCAAGAGCACCCUCGGCCCCAAGGGUAUGGACAAGAUCCUGCAGUCUGCCUCGACCGGCGAGAUCAUGGUCACAAACGACGGUGCCACCAUUCUCAAGUCUAUUGCCCUCGACAACGCGGCGGCGAAGGUGCUGGUGAACAUCUCCAAGGUUCAGGAUGACGAAGUCGGUGACGGCACCACCUCCGUUGCGGUGCUCGCCGCGGAGCUUCUCCGCGAAGCUGAGAAGCUUGUCGACAAGAAGAUCCACCCCCAGACCAUCAUCGAGGGCUACAGAAUAGCAAGCCAGGCUGCCCUGAAGGCCCUGAACGAGUCCGCUGUCGACCGCAGCAACAACCCCGAGGCCUUCAGAAAAGACCUGCGCGCCAUUGCUCGCACCACCCUCAGCUCCAAGGUCCUGGCCCAGGACCGCGACCACUUCUCCAAGCUCGCCACCGAUGCCGUCCUGCGACUCAAGAACUCUUCCGACCUGAGCCAUAUCCAGAUCAUCAAGAAGGCGGGUGGCAAGCUGAGCGAUUCCUACCUCGACGAGGGUUUCAUCCUCGACAAGAAGAUCGGUGUCAACCAGCCCAAGCGCCUCGAGAAGGCCAAGAUCCUGGUGGCGAACACAUCCAUGGACACGGACAAGAUCAAGAUCUUCGGUGCUCGUGUCAAGGUGGGAUCGACCAGCAAGCUGGCCGACCUCGAGAAGGCGGAGAAGGAGAAGAUGAAGGCCAAGGUGGACAAGAUCAAGGCGCACGGCAUCAACUGCUUCAUCAACAGACAACUCAUCUACAACUGGCCCGAGCAGCUCUUCACUGACGCGGGUAUCAUGUCUAUUGAGCACGCCGACUUUGACGGUAUCGAGAGACUGGCGCUGGUUACGGGCGGUGAGAUUGCCUCAACAUUCGACCACCCCGACCAGGUCAAGCUGGGUUCUUGCGACGUGAUUGAGGAGGUUAUUAUUGGUGAAGAUACCCUCAUCAAGUUCUCUGGCGUCGCCGCUGGCGAGGCUUGCACGAUUGUGCUGCGUGGCGCUACCGACCAGCUCCUGGACGAGGCGGAGCGCAGUCUGCACGAUGCUCUUGCCGUCCUGUCGCAGACGGUCAAGGAGCCGUGGACGACCCUGGGCGGUGGAUGUGCCGAGAUGGUCAUGGCCAAGGCCGUCGAGGGUGCUGCUACUCGCGUGGAGGGCAAGAAGCAGAUGGCUGUCAGCAGCUUCGCCAUUGCCCUGCGCCAACUGCCUACCAUCCUGGCUGACAACGCCGGUCUCGACUCUGGCGAGCUUGUUGCCCGCCUCAGGAAGGCCAUCUACGACGGCAUGACGAAUUACGGAUUGGACCUGCUGACGCCUGGUGGCGGUAUUGCCGAUAUGCGCGACCUGGGUGUCGUUGAGAGCUACAAGUUGAAGAGAGCGGUUGUGUCAUCUGCCAGCGAGGCUGCAGAGACGUUCCUCCCGGCCUUCAUCGCUCUGUACACUGCCGCAUCUCCGGCUGCGAUUAAACUUCAACAGACAAUCGGCGAUUAUGGCCGUUCUCGACGCUGCUGCUUCAGCGUGACUUACAUAUGCUAUCUUUUCCUCGCUGUUGUCUGGGCCUCCGCUGCGAGAACCACGCUUGCCCUGUCGACCCAAUCAGCCGGCGCAAUCUGUCCUGUAGGCUUUCUCGGCUGGGAAAGACAGAUUCCUCUGGCGCAGAUCGUAACCGUCGCUCUCGAUGCGCUGCUGAUAGUCCACCUCUCGAGAUGGCGACAGGAUACGGCUGAAGAUGCGCCGCAAGCGUGGGCUUUUGCGUCGCGUCUAUUCCUGGGCUCGGCUGGCGUACUGGCUAUUUUCGCCUGCUUCUCCUUCCAUAACAUGCGGAAUAUACGAUGGGCGUUUUUACUGCAUGGCGUUGCUGUUCGAGACCUCUUGGCGGAUAGCACCGUCGCCGCCAUCGCGAUCUCGUCGGGGUUUUACGUGAUGGCUGAUCUUCACCCUAGCACUUUGGCCAUGAUUACCACGGCCUCAGGGGUAUACGCGCAUCAACUCGUCCGCAUGCUGCAGACCGCUGCACUGGCGGACGACUCUCUGGUGUACAUGAUUUCUGGCGGGGUUACCAUUGCCGGCGUUGGGCUGCUUUUGCGUUACGACAAGGAUAUAUCGGGCUCUUCGGGAUCUUCGACCGACCAUCGACUGAUGAGGUUUCUAGCCGGGUGGUACGUCGUGUUAGUCGGCUUUCUGUGUGGCACGUACCUCGUCUUCUAUCCCGACUUUGCUUCCACCGAUACGCUCUCGUUUCCGGAUUUGUUGUCCGUCGAAAACGCCAAGUCGGACGCCUGGAUGGCGCAGGCGAACGAAAGUAGGUCGUUAAACCAGGCAGUCGAGAACUAUCGAAACCGUUACGGCAUACCCCCGCCGCCGAACUUCGACAAGUGGUACGAGUACGCGGUCGCCAACGGGUCCCCCAUUAUCGACGACUUCACUCAGAUCAACGACGACUUGCUCCCGUUCUGGGGCGUACCGCCGGAAGUGCUGAGGCAGAGGACGACCCACGUCCUGGAAUUUCCCCAGCUCGGUAUGGGAGGCUUGCGGAUCCGCGGCGGAAAGGUCGACGUUACACCUGGUACACCCGGUUCGCAUAGGUGGAUGAUGGAGUCGAUGCAGGAAAUGGUGAAGCCGUUCGCGGAGUUUCUGCCUGAUAUGGACUUCGCCAUGAAUCUGAACGACGAGCCUCGGACGGCCGUGCCUUUCGAGGAUAUGCAGGAACUUGAGAGAAACGCGUUAGACUCGCGAGCAAGACUCCUGUCCAACGAAGAUACGAAGGCAUUCGACAACUCAAAGCAGUUUUGGAGCAACAACGACACAAUCCACGGACCCGAGGACACAUCACCGUACUUCUCCAACCACAUCCGCGACGAGAUAUACUACGACUUCAUCGCUCCCACGUGCCCUCCAGACUCAGCAGCCAGGAACACGCGGUGGUGGAGUAGACGAGAGUCCUGCCGUGACUGCCUCCUCCUCCACGCCGUCCGCGUCUACGAAACCCCCUUGGAGAACCAACCCGUCGUCUCGAACUGGACCGCGGCCACGGAUCUUUGUCAUCAGCCAGAUCUGGCGUACCUGCACGGCUUCCUGCUCUCGCCAGCCGUAGCCAUCUUCACCAAGAUGCCGUUUCCCGUGUUCAGCCAGAGCAAGACGUCCGGGUUUGCGGACAUCCUGAUACCCUCUCCAUGGAACUUCGAUGACAAGGCUCAAUACGACGAAGAAAAGGACAUGGAGUACGAAAACAAGAAGAAUGUCAUGUUCUGGCGAGGAUCUGCAACGGAUGGAUACGCGGCAAGGGGUUCAUGGCAGAGCUUCCUCCGCGCGAGGUUCGUCCAAGCGGCGAACUCGGUCUGGGAGACGUCCGCGCCGCAACGGGAGGUCGCCCGCUCCGACGACGGACCGUCCUUCGACGUCGGGUUCGUGGGGAACUGGCAAAAGUGCCACCAAGCCGACUGCGAAGCCGAGAAGGACACGUUCUGGGCCGGCCGCGACGAGCCGGACAAGAACAAGAUCGGGUUCCAGGAGCACUGGCAGUACGCGCACCUCAUGGACCUCGACGGCGCGGGCUUCAGCGGGCGCUUCAUCCCUUUUCUGCGCAGCAGGAGCCUGGUGUACAGGAGCGGCGUCUUCAGGACGUGGCUAGCGGAGAGGGUGCACGCGUGGCGGCACUACGUGCCCGUCGACGUCAGGCUCGGGGAGCUGAGGGGGUUGUUUUGGUUCUUUGGGGCGGAUUACGAGGGGAGGAUCCGGGCGGGGGAGAUCGCGGGGGAGGGGAGGGAGUGGGCGGGUAAGGCGCUCCGGAGGGAGGAUAUGAGGAUUUACAUGUUUCGCUUGUUGUUGGAAUGGGGGCGGUUGGUGGAUGACAGCAGGGAGGAGCUUGGAUUUAAGGCGUGA